UGCCCGGCAGUAACGCGUUACUGAUCGCCUCUUGCGCAGAGGAUUGUGGGGAUUUAAAAUAUUUCAUGGCUGCUAAGUGAGACUUUUGUAUAUACAGGAUGUCUGCUGAUGUCUUAGGUGUUUUGCGGCUUUUGCAACUUGUUUUACUUCAGUUAUGUUUUGUCGAGGGUGGCAUCCUUUGGGAUGAAAGCGGUUAUAUCCUGUAUUGUCCAUGCAUGGGAAGGUUUGGAAACCAGGCUGAUCACUUUCUUGGUUCUCUGGCUUUUGCAAAACUUUUGAACAGGACGUUGGCUGUUCCUCCUUGGGUUGUUUACAGACAUCACACCCCGCCAUACACUAAUAUGCAUGUUCCAUACACUGAAUACUUCAAGCUGGAGCCAUUGUUGAAAUAUCACCGUGUGAUCAGUAUGGAGCAGUUUAUGGAGGAACUGGCACCGGCAUACUGGCCUGCUGGGAAGAGAACUGCUUAUUGCUUCGAUCUGGCUGCUCAGAGAAGUCCAGAUAAGAGCGCGUGUCCCAUGAAGGAUGGGAACCCUUUUGGUCCAUUCUGGGACCAUUUCAACAUUGAUUUUGAUCGCUCAGAAAUCUUCAGUGGCAUUUCCUUCAGUGCCUACUUCAAACAGCAUUGGAUGCAAAGGUUCCCACCUACAGAACAUCCGGUCUUAGCUUUGCCUGGAGCACCUGCACAGUUUCCCGUGACUGAGGAGCACCGUUCAUUGCACAAGUAUAUUGUGUGGUCAGAUAAGAUGGUUGAUGAUGGUGAGCGCCACAUUAGCUCCUUGUUAGUCCGCCCAUAUUUGGGAAUUCAUCUAAGGAUUGGGUCUGACUGGAAAAAUGCUUGUGACAUGGUUAAAGAUGGAACUGCGGGGUCUCAUUUUAUGGCAUCACCACAGUGUGUUGGGUACAACCGGCAGAAUGCAACACCGUUAACAAUGGAAAUGUGCCUUCCUAAGCUAGAAGACGUAAAGAAAACCGUGACAUUCUGGGUGAAAACUAUAGAGGCAAGAUCUGUUUAUGUAGCAACGGAUUCGGAAUCUUAUGAAGAAGAACUGGCAAAAAUGUUUAAAGGGAAAGUAGAGGUAGUGGCUCUGAAGCCUGAUGUUGCACAGAUUGAUUUAUACAUUCUUGGUCAGGCUGACCACUUUGUUGGAAACUGCGUUUCAUCUUUUAGUGCAUUUGUGAAGAGAGAGAGGGACCUGAAAGAUAGAACUUCCUCAUUUUUUGGAAUGGACAGUUCUUCAUUUUACAAGGAUGAACUUUAAGACAUAUGGGCGGACAUGAACCCCAGAGUUUUUGUCACCAUUUUUUAAUCGUGCACUACAGUGAUAGUGCACUGGGAUCAAGCAAGCCAAGCUGUGAAUGUCGUGCAGCACAGUAUUUACUUCCGAACAUUCUUGAACACUUUCUGACAAGACAUUUUUUAAUUGACUGGAUGACUGCAGGCAAAGUUUUUUUAAGAAAAGUGAAGUAAAUUUCAACUUGUAUAAA